GCGCAUGAUUUCAGUUUACAGUGCCGAGACUGCCGAGGCUGAUCGAGGCUCGAGAAGGCUUGGAAGUGUGAAACGAGCGGGCGAGCGAUUUGGAUUUCUGUGAUCUCGCUUUGAUCGAGGAUGCAAUCUGAUCACGUCGGCCGACGACACGCAGAUUGGUAAUCGCGAUCUAGUGUUCUUGGCCUAGGUGUACAACUGUGACGCGCGCAUUCUAGCAAACAAGAACGGGAGAGAGAGAGAGAGAGAAAGAGAAAAGGUGGGAGGGAGAGAGUGAGAGAUAUAUAGACGAGCGAGGACGGAGCAUGCGACCGCGCCUCUGCGACGUUACUCGGCGUGUCGAUGAGGAUGGGAAGUGCGCCGACGACGACGAGGACGAGGGACGUAAGUGAGUCAGGGAUAACGUCGUUGCAGUACGUCGUGCGGUGCUGCAUCAUCAUCGCUUAGGAAUGGUAUCGCCGUCCAAGCACCAAUAUCAGCAGCAGCAGCAGCAGCAACAACAGCAACUCAGACAACCGUCGAGAGAAAACAAGUUUGAUCCGCGACGAAAGCCAGAUAUUCGUAUACGAAGGGGCCUGCAACCUUUGGAGCAGAAGUCGUUCUAUUUGGACAUAAAGAACCAUGCCAUUGCGGCCAAGCUAGAGGCACAGAUCAGGGAGUUGGGUGGUGCGGUCGAAUUGUUUCUAGUACGCGGUGUGAAUCUUGUAGCCAGCGAUAGAAUAGACAAGGCAGGUCAUACAAACUUUGAGAGACCUAGAUGGGCUUGCAUCAGUGGUGGCAGCGGAGGACUCCGCUCACUGAGAAGCAUCGAAAUCCCAACUCCCACACCCCCAACACCGUUACUAAGUUCUGAAUGCCCCUCGUCCAACUCUACUCUGCGGGGUCAAACUACCCAAAGAUCUAAAUCGCGGGUGGAUGCAAUGUUGGAACGUGCUCUGACGCAGCCACAACAGUGUUCCGUGGAUCCACUAAACAACGCCCACAGUUGGGGAAUUCCUAUUUGGACAACGGAUAAGCUUCAGGCUUGGCUUGACAGGAUCUAUGAAUCUAUCAAGAAUACUUCUUACGUGAAGCAAAUUAAUCAGCAUAACUCGACGAGAGUCAAACAUUUGAAAAGACCAUACGUCAAAUUCGACUCUGUUUACAAAGCUACCAGGCCUGUGUUCCUGGAAUUAUCGUCGUGGCCCACAUUAAACUUCGACGGUGAUCCUGGUUCGUGUCCUUUCGACACAAAAAAGCAGGAAAAACGAGAAAGCAAAUUGAUAAACAAAGAGGUCAAGGAGAAUAAGAGGGAUACUGAAUCUAUAAAUAAGGCAGAGGGUAAAGAAAUGACUCGGAGACCUCGUGCCACCGCUGCACGUGCCCGCAGAACGGAACAGCUGGUAGCUGGUUAUUGCGAACUUUGUCGUAUUCAUUAUGAGGAUUUGUCGAAGCAUGUGCAAAGCGAGCAGCAUUUGAACUUUGUGGGAAACGAUGACAAUUUUUUAUCGUUGGAUACAUUAAUCAACGCGGGCGCCAAUGUGGAAGCGUUCUUAAAAUUAAACAGAACAAAAGAUAUCGAGAAAGACUGUGACUUAUUUCCCAAUGGAAAUGGUAAUCUACAUAAUGUGUUGCCCGAGGAGAAAGUUAACAAAAACACCAAGACUUUAAAUAACUUUACCGUCGACGACAUAAAAAUGGUGAAUGGUGCGCGUAGAAAUCUUAAUUUAAAAUUAAGCUCACCGCAUAAUCUGCGUGCUCGUAUCUCGAAACACGAGAGCGGGCAUCUUCUCAGAUCUAAGGGCAGUCCAUGGCACGAGGUCGACAAGAGCGAAAAAUUGUAUGACAAAUUGGAAGGUUUUACCAUCAAAAAGCGCUCAAAAGGCACUAUCUGGAUCGAGGAAGAUGACCCGGACGAAAAGUACACGGAGAAUAUUCUUAAGGAACCCAAGCGGGAAGACUAUAAAAUCAGACCGUUCUCGAACAAUACAGAGUUUUAUAACAGUAAGGAAGAUAAUAUCAAUAAUAAACAUAGUAAUCUGGAUCCACCAAAAUUACAAUCGGUCGUACAUAGAAAUGCGCAAAAUGGCAUUGUAAAUUCGCGUCACAUAUCGGAGGAUCCAGAUUAUCUUAAUAAUAAAAACGAAUAUAAUGGUGAUGAAAACGUAAGUGUUGUGGAGUGUACGAUAAAAGAGGUCGAUGUAGUUGAUAAUAAUUACAUUGUUGGAAGCAAAGACGAUCCGUUUCAGAGAGACAAUUGUGCGUUGCAAGCGGAAAAGAUGACAACUGAUGCGAGAAAGUUUUCGUUGAAUGAUGCAAAUGAGAUUGUUUGCAAUGGGCAUAACGAUAAGAGCGAACAGAGGGACCUGAAAACGUUGCAAGAAGAGAAUACUCGUCACAUAAAGUCCAAGCAUCCGCGCGUGAAUCGGAGGGGUGGCAGAAAUAUCAGAGGUCGAUGUCGAGCUCGACUAUCGGUGGAAGAACGUUUGAUAGAGGAUAAUCGUGCCUACUAUAAGGUGGAAGUGUUGGGUAACAAGCUGCGAUCGAGCGCGAUACCAGGCGGUAAUUCGCAACAUGCGACAUUGAAAGAUGGGGAGAGCGAAGAGAAGAAGGAGGCGCCGUCCAAUGAAAAGCCGGUGGUAGUGCGAUUUAAGCGUGUGAGAAAGUCGGAAUUAUCUUUGUUGAGUGAUGAGGCGGAAUCCUUCAUGUUCGGCGAGCCAAAGCGAGACGAUUCCAGCGAGCGAACUAGUGAUAGCGAGCAGAGUAGCGUACUGCCAAGAGAUACGGAAAGCGAGCCUAACGACACCAUCAAUUCAUCUAUAUCGCUGAAUUCAUCGUUAAAUUCCAGUUCCAUUAAGCAGGAGAUUAUCGAAGAAGACUCGCAGGAUUCUGUGCACCUAGGCAGAGCAAGGAAAAGAAGACGCACACAGGCCGAAGCGUUCAUCAAGGACAAUACCGACUACUACAAAUUCGAGACGCCUGGCAGCAGAUUAAGGUAUCAGGCUCCAUUGACUGGCGUUAAAGACACUGCCGUGGAUGGUGGUAGGGAACACGGGACGGCGAAGAGAUCGACGCAUGAACCGGAAGAUUGCAAGCUGCAGGCCGACGGCGUUGUCCAGAAAAUUUAUCCGUCCAAGCCAUCGGCAGAAAUCGAGAAGAUGCAGUUCUCUUUUGAGUCGAUACCUAUGUCUGAGCCGUGGUAUCAAACGUAUCAGCGUCAGGACACGGGCGCCGAAUUUUGGCAUUGCUUCAGCGAAUGCGAGGAGAUGAAGCCAUUUCUUCUGCCGUACGAGAUUGAAAACUUUCACGAAACGUUAGCGAAAGCACAGAGCAGAAUCGAGAGCGGUAGAAGGAGAGGUCGUGGUCGCGGUAUAGGAUGUGUAGGACGCUCGCCAAGAAAGAGUCCGCGUUGUCAUGCAUCCACGUUAGCAAUUAUGUCUACCAUAAUCCGUAAAAAGGAACAACAAUCGACUCUGCCUACGAUAGAAGAAUCGACGCCCGUCAGAUCGCGCAUAAACACACCCAAGCUCGAACAAAAACCAAAUUUCAAAUUAGACGUGGACGAGGAGAUAAAAGAGAUAGCGAAGACGAUCGACGAGAUGUUGUGCACGAAAGGUAUGACCGAGUUGGACGACUCGUUUGAGCCCGAUGUCGACUUGGCGCAAGCCGAUGGUUUUUGUGAAACGAACUUACCAAAGGGUGCACCGCCGAAUCUACUGGAAUUGCUCGACAACUGUCAAGAUAUUACCAACUGUCUGGAAAAUAAUUCAUCGUGUGCUAGUUCAGAAUGUGGUGAGGUAAACGCGGCGGACAUUCCGUUGAAACGACGGAAACGAAGAAAAAAUCGGACCGGUUGGCCGGUCGGUAACAAGAUGAAAAAGAAAAUACAACCAAACAGCAAAAUAUUGAUAGAUUGUGACCAGGAAUCAUUGGCGGAGAAGAAGUUCUAUCCUGACGGCGAUUUUUCUAGACGUCACAUGUUGAACACAGAGAGGAUAGAUUCUCACGCGGUAACAGCGUCGACGAACAACGCAUUACCGAUGGUUGCAGAACGAUUAGGUGUCAGUCAGAAAAACAAUGACAACGCUUCGCUGGAAACCUGCACUACGUCUAAAAAAUUGUAUCACGAGACGCUCGCGAAAAAGGACAAAAACAUAGAGGCUGUCAGCAAUGACAACACGGGCCUAUCAGCGAGUACGGACAACUAUAAGGAGUCCGUCUCGGAAAACGCGUGUGACGAUGGGACGAAUAAGACUCAUAUGUCGAACAAAGAUUAUCCAUGUAGAAAAGAUUUGUCGGAAAUUAAGGAGGUCUUGGAGAACGAUUCAGGCAACGAUGAGAAUCACGAGAACCAGAAGAAUUUGUUAAGCAGAAAGGAUGUCAAUACGAUCGCCGAGAACUUGGUCGCGAAAUCGUCGCCUAUUAAAAAGCAACGACAGCGCGAGCAUGUCACCGUUACUAGUGCCGAUAGCUGCGAAUUACGGGACACGGAGAUCGAGAAUCAGGACAAUCUGCAGUUACAGUGUAGAAAAGAGGAGACCGGUAUAGUUCCUAAGAAACACCACAAUUCUAAUUCCGAGUUAUCGCCGAAGCGGCAACUGCGCGGCGGCAACUGUGAGGAGAACUCGUCCGACACGGGGGAAUUGUUAAAACGUCGUCACGGUAUCGUAUUCGCCACGACGAGACGCGGUCGGAUAGGCUCGCGGAAGCGGAUUUACCCCAAAAAACGUCAAUCGAGAACGACCGUCACCCGCAACAAUGCCAAUUUGUCAUCUGAUCGCGUCGGGAUGAUGUACGAGGACGAGAAUUGUAAAAAGGAUGCCUACUUGAGUAUUACGUCGUGUAACAAGAAACAGCCACCAAGCUCCGGGGUGCGCGGCAGCGUAAAGCGUAAAAGUGAAGCCAUUUCAUCGUCAGAUAACAUCCAGGAAUCGUCCAAUCUGUCGAUAGAUCAAUGCGCCUUGUCGGAGCGCAUCAGUCCAUCGAUAAUAUCGUCCAACGAGCUUGAGCAGCGUCGUUCUAGCAUCGAGUUUCAACCAGUCGUACGAAUGAUGAAAAUCGACGAUCAAAUAGACAUAGAUCACGGUAUACUGUCGACGGUGACGGUGGCGAGUAAUAGACGGUUGAGAAGUUCUGUCGGCUCGCGAUCAAAUCCCAAGCCACCGAAGAAGCGUGUCAAGUCUGGCCGUGGGCACUUUGGGAGGUGGUUGAAGAACAGCUGAAGACCUGGAGAAUGAAGGCGAAGAAGAAAGAGGCUGUACUUCGGCUUAGAUUUCAACGGUGGUCAUUUAUCGAUCUUACGAUCCGAUAUCUCGUUCUACCGAUGUGUACAUUGUGUAUAAAAAUAUUAUUUGUGUACGUAGAAUAGUAUUUAAC